AUGGCCAAGAGCGCGAACAAGGCAAAGAAGAGAAAGCAGAAUGCCCAGGCCGAGGGGCCGAACAAGGCCGCAAAGACAGCGGCAGUAGCGGCGGCGACAGCCUGGACAACACCCCCCGACAGCGACGGCGACGGCCCAUCUCCCGGCUCGGCGCUCGAGCCCAGGACCUUGCAGACAGUCAUCUCGCACGAGGAACUCGAUAUGGCCAUCGACACCCUCAAGACGAUUGCCCAGUACCCGAACCUGAUCAAGUCCAAGCAAUGCAAGGACCUGCGUGUCGCCGUCUACGAUUUCCGCCAGGCCUCUGCCAUCGAUGCUGGAGCGAACGCCAGCCUGACGGCCCGCAUCACAGCAGCCCUCGCCGAUGAGCGAUACACAAAUGUGAGGAUCCUGCUUGCCGAGAUGAGAAUCCGGGAGCAAGAGCCAAAGCUUGGUGCCCUAUGUCGAUGGGUGCGAGAUCUGGACAUCAUCAGCGGCCUGUCUACGAUACCCGGUGGUGGCGAUGGCACGGCUAUCCGGCGCAGCGAACGGGACGAGCAACGCCUGCGGGUUAUCGACGCCAUCCUCCGUGUCACCGGUCCCGUCGAUACCAAUCCAAACGCCGUGCCAAUCUCGUGCAACCCGGGCAUUGCUCUCCAAGAGAUCUGGGACCUCCGCCCCUCCACACCCUCGGAACAGGUAUACGCCUCGGUGCUGGACAAAACAAUCUUCGAGUCGGCGCCGCCUACAUUGGCCACCGGUCUCCGGGUCAUUGAGACAACACCAGGUCCCCUUCGCAAGCCUCCCAAUCACCAUGAUGCCUUGCUCUACACCACAGCUCCGAACACCAUACCUCUUGCCACCGAACGGGCCCCUGCCACAUACCAACCUCACCCAGUUGUCCCUGGUCUUGGUGUAAUUCGAAACGUCCUUUCUCCCGAAGAAUGCAAGGCCAUAAUCGCGGCUGGUGAGACGGUCAACUUUCUCCCCGAUGCCCCGAUGCGGGAAGACGGUGAUGUGAGCAUUCUGGCGCACAACUUCUACUGGGUUGCAGACAAACUUUUCCACGACACUCUCUGGUCACGCGUGGCGCCCCAUGUUCCGGCCUCGGUGAACGGACGCCUAGCACGUGGGCUCAACCGUCGUUUCCGAGUGUAUCGCUACGUCCCAGGCGCCGAGUAUCGCGCGCACAUUGAUGGCGCUUGGCCUCCUUCCGAUGUCCUCCCCGACGACACCUACGUCUAUGAUGCCUCGCCCCCCGGAAAGAAACAAAGCUCGCUGUUUACCUUCUUGAUAUACCUGAACGACGAGUUCGAGGGCGGAGAAACUACCUACUUUGUGCCGGCAGCGCGAGAGGGCGUGCUCAAUGCCUACCCCAUCCGGCCCGUGAUGGGCAAUGUUGCCUUGUUUCCUCACGGAGAUCCCAGAGGAGCGUUGCUACAUGAGGGAACUGGAGUGAGGAAGGGGGCCAAGUACGUGAUCCGGACAGAGGUGGAAUACGAUGUUGAGCCCAGCGAGUAA